AUGAAUCAAAUAAGAGCCAUUCAAAAAAUCAAUGAAGCCGAACUACAGAACGGUAUUCUCAAAUCUGAAGUAUCUUGGCACAACGAAUACAAGAACCAGGCGUACGUAUUCAUUGGUGGACUUAGUACUCUUUUAACGGAGGCAGAUAUCUUGACUAUUUUUUCACAAUUUGGUGUCCCAGUUGACAUUUUCCUAGUUAGAGAUCAAGAAACUGGAGAUUCUAAGGGUUUUGCUUAUUUAAAGUAUGAGGAUCAAAGGUCAACGAUCCUCGCAAUUGAUAAUUUAAACGGUGCUACUAUAGCGGGAAGAGCAAUAAAGGUAGAUCACGCCAUGUACACACCAAACAGUAAUUAUCAGCGAUAUCGAGAAGCUGUACAACAAGAGUUGAGGAGAGACAAAGUGGAAGUACCUGCAGAUCUUCGCAUAGGAGAACAAAAGGAACGAAAUGCGGAUGACGAUAAUGACGCUUUCUCUGAUCCAAUGGCCGGAUUUGCUAGCGAUAAGUAA